AUGCAGUCCUACUUUCGAGGUGAAUGGCGACCGGCUUGGCUUCGUCAAUAUGGUCAAGACAAAGCCAAGCGAGAUGUUGCCCGCCAACUGCACGACGAAACCUCCAGCGACAGCCAUUCUUCUCCCACUUGGGAGAGUUUGACGGGACCCGAGCAACAACCCGCCUCGUCUUCAGUGACUCCGUCUACGGCCAGCUCUGCAGGUACAAACGUUGUGGCUGAAGUGACCAACCUGACUCCGGAGCUCUAUACACCGGUCGAGAACAUGGAGACCCAGGGGAACGGCUGGACCCAGGAACAAUGGGAUGAGUGGCAUGCUUGGGAUGGUUGGACUACUACAGCAACCAGCACGGGAGGAGUGACAACCAGUUCUACAACAUGGCCGAUCGUGGUUCCCAAUGCAGGUCUCUUUCCCGAAGUCCGGCCUGCUCCGCCACCUGGGAAUAUGUCAAUGUCUAUGACAGGUGCUGAAAGGCAGAGACUCUCGGAACAAGGAGUCCCGCGCAGGGAAGUUCAGCGUAUAGCUGAUCUACUCGAGUCGAUGGACCGCCACCAAACGGCCGGCACUGGACCCGAAAGUAGAUGGGCUCUGGGAUGUCACAUCCAAAGAGCCUCUGAGGCGAUCGAUGCCCUCGAGACGAUCACGGAGAUCCUGGCGAGACGUGUGGUUCCACGAGGAUACCUACCAGUUCGUCGAGUACCUGCACGCGAGGAUCUUCGCUGGAGAAUCUUCCAUUGGUCUAGACAAGGAAUCGACGCGUACCUCAACACCGCCUCGAUCCACUUGAACACUCCGCUACAACCUGGGGAGACUGAAGCCCAAGGAUCGGAUGUUGUUGUACCGUCAACGCCUGAGGAUGUCGUGCCGACCACUCCUGCUGGCGAGGAGGACGACGAGAAUGUGGCGGACUCUUCUGGUCAUCAUGGAGGUGACCCUGCCCUUUCUGGAGGGGUCGAUGGACAAGCCGUUGAGCAUAUGAGUGAUGGUGGACCCAGUAUGAACAGUACGUGGGCGCUCAACUCCCAGGGGGACAUGAUUGAAAUUCUUCCAGCUGACCUUCCUCCUGGAGCUCAGCCGCGUGGCCCACCACCACCGCAACCGGUACGCUACGACCCUCCCAGUUCCUCGGCCAGUUCAAGCAGUGAGUCAUCCACUCGUGCACCUCGGCGCAACCUUGCUCCUCUCAGCCCACAAGGAAUUUGGCGAAGCCCUCCGCCAGAUGAUGAUGAAGAUACUGGACUGGUUCAACUCUCCAUGGGGGGAGAUCUACAGACGUUGAUGACUUUGGCAUCGUCGACGACCACCACUUCCACAUCCUCGUCCGUGUCUCCGGAGAACAACGUUCGUGAUGCCGUGGCGGCGCAGCUGGUGCAAGGCAAUAUGGUCGAUAGCAUUGAUGUCAUGCGCCGAAUCAUGGAUAGGCAACGACAUCUGCGCCACUGUGACCGCCUUCUUGCAGUCGCACUCGAGGAGGCCUUACAGUGGAUUCGCCUCCCGAUCCAUGCCGUGCCAUACAAUGCUCGGUCAAUGGAGUUGGAAAUCUGGCGAAUGGUCACGGAACAAGCCCAACACCACUCGUCGAUUUCGGCUCCUUCGGCGGUGAUGCCUGCGAUAGACCCGGCCUUCCUGCUGCAGCCUGACCUCCCGACGUCUCUGGAUGAAUUACAUCAAGCAUUUCUUCCGAAUGAGGGGGCUCACACGGUGGCUGGGUUUCGACGUCGAGGCUGGCGACAGCAUGUCCGACUUCUGUACCAAGCAAGUGGUCGAAAUGUUCCCGAAGGACACUGGCCGUCUGAGGAUGAUCGCCGCCUCUUGCUGUUGCAGAAUCGCGAAGACGUGGAGGUGGGCAACUGGCCAGUGGACGACCUGGACGCAGUGGACGCCGUCGUGGACAUCAGCCUCGUCGUCCAGUGCAAGGUUGACGACAUCGCCGGGU